UUACUGUGCGCUCUACACUCUGUGGAGCCUCUCAACGUUUGUGGCAGAAGCCACUGUCAGGCGUUGCCCCUGACGACCUGCUUCCCUCCUUGCUGCCACAGGCUGGGUGUGUACAUGGACGCCUGUGACCUACAACGCUGCUGAAUCGCCCUUCAGGGACCACUGUGGGUGGCUGCGUUGAGGGUCCAAGAGCCAUCCGACGAGGAUCAGCUUCUGCUGGGACGUGUCGAGGAGCGAACAUGACCGAGGCGUGGAUCGCAGCGAUCCUCCUCAGUGCCACCCUCGCUGGACUCUGCUUCGGCUGCCACGAACAAUUUCCCAUCCAACAGGUGUCCGCCAGCAAGGAAGCAAUCAUUCCAUGCCCUCACCUGGACACACCAUCCUCCGCAAACUUCAGCCUGCUGAAAAACGGGGUCAAGGUUGCCUCCAGCACCAUCGGACAGAACUGGACGGCGAAGUCUCCUAGAUGGACACCAGCCGGCAUGGCUUUCCAGGUUCACGCACACAAUGACAGCCACUUCACACUCUCACCAGAGAUGGUCAACAGGACAGGCCUGUACACCUGCAGGAUUGAGGAUCAGUCUUCCCCUUCAGAGGCGUCAGGUCCAGAGGGACAAAGCCAUCUGAUUAUCCUAGAAACGUGUCCCAAUGACUGCACAUCCGACAGCCCCUCGGCCGUUUUCUGGCCUUGGGCAGUGGGCUGCGGCUUGCUGGCCAUCUACAGUCUAGUGAUCAUCAAGAUCACCGUGAAGAUCUGGCACAAAUUGAAGCAGUGUGAUAGCAAUGAGACCGACUACAUGAACAUGAAACCCAGAGGCUUCAGGGGUCAUAUGGGGAUACAGCAGCUGACCAGAGUCAGAAUGACCAAGUAGGAUCCCACUUGGACACACAUGGAGUGGCCAUCAGAGCUGCUCUGAGACACAGGAGAACCAGGCAACCUGGACAUUGAGAGAGAAAAAAACUAUUAAUUAAUAAACACAGUGUACCAAAAAAUGCAACUAAACCAAAAAUCUUUGGUGAUUCCAUGUGGAACCCUGUCAGAUCUGUUAUUUGGAACUAUAACAGGUUGUACAACAGAUGAAACUGUAUAUUGUUUCAAUGUAUGUGACACAAUAGCUUAGAAAACAUCCUCUGGACAACAGCUGCUUCCAGAUGAAGCUCCCUGUAGGAGGAGUGAUAAUACUUUUAUGAUGCGUGUUUAUAUAUCUGUGAGAAAUCAUAGGCACCCUGAAACAUGUGUGUGUGCUGUUUAUUGUACUGUAUAUAUAAUUGUAUAGUUAUAAUGUAAAGCUGAAAUAAUGUUUUAUAUUAUAAUGGUAUGCAGCCCUGGGCCAUAAACUGAGUUGGGAAUCACCCCGCCUCCACCCAUCUUUUACUGCAAAGGCUGGAAUGUUAUAUUGUGAUGGGAUUUGCGUUUUCUGGAGCUGUGACGAAUUUCCCACUGA